CAUAAUUAGCUAGAGAAACAUAACACCAUAAUAUAUAUGGGUUCUGAAGGAGGGGAGAGGACGUUCACUGUAUCGGUGGCCAAGAAGGAAGUGGUGGCAGCAGUGCUGCCAUUGCAAGAACAUUGGCUGCCACUCUCCAACCUAGACUUGCUUCUCCCUCCAGUUGAUGUGGGUGUUUUCUUUUGUUAUAGAAACCCAUUAAUGAGCAUGAAUUUUGGGUCCAUGGUUGGUGCUCUUAAGAAAGCUUUGGCUCAAGUUCUGGUUUCCUACUACGCUUUCGCUGGUGAGGUUGUGGCGAACUCAGCGGGAGAGCCUGAGAUACUAUGCAGCAACCGUGGUGUGGACUUUUAUGAGGCUUUUGCAGAUAUUGAGCUUCAACACCUCAACUUGUAUAACCCCGACCAGAGCAUUGAAGCCAAACUCGUGCCCAAGAAGGAGGACGGUGUGCUUGCUGUCUAGGCAACAAAAUUAAAAUGCGGCCGAAUAGUAUUGGGGUGCAAAUUUGACCAUAGGAUAGCAGAUGCCUACUCAGCCAACAUGUUUUUGGUGUCCUGGGCAGAGAUGGCUCAAUCUAAAGCAAUAUCAGAUUCAGUGGUGCCAUCAUUCAGGCGAUCUCUUCUAAAUCCUAGACGUCCUGCUUGUAUCCACCCCUCCCUAGACGAUAUGUACGUCCCCAUCUCCAAACUGCAACCUCCCAAAGACUCCGAUUCUGAUGAUGAUCACCUCAUAAGUCGCAUUUACUAUGUUAAAGCCGACAAAGCCGACGAACCUAAUAAAUUUACAAUCCGCUUGCGCUCCAUUGGCUUGCCAGGGACCAAGCUCGAGUCUUUUUAGUGCCUGCUUUUUGAAACUUUUGCCAAGUCUGCUCCAAAAUGGAAUGAGCCAAGGUUUCAAAAAUGGGCCAUUUGUUUUGUGGAUGGAGGACAGAUUAGUGGAUACUUGGAUUCGUACUUUGGGAAAUGUUUGCUCCGGAUUCCUUAUGGAAAAAAGAAAAUUGAUGAGAGCUGAUCGCAAUCCAUUAAGGGGGUAGCAAAUGAGGUGCAUGAUUUUCUAGAAAGUGCAGCAACGAUAGAGCAUUUUCGCUUAGGAUUGAUUGAUUGGGUCAGAGGCUAACCAGAGCCAGCCUUGGCUAAGAUAUAUGGCAUGGUUAGUGAAUGA